AUGCCAGUGGAGCAGAUUGAUGAGUCGCUCUACAGUCGCCAGCUGUACGUGCUGGGCCACGAUGCGAUGAAACAAAUGUCAUCUAGUAGCGUGCUUGUCGUUGGACUGAACGGUCUUGGCGCGGAAAUCGCAAAGAAUAUAGCGCUGGCCGGCGUGAAAAGCGUGACGCUGUACGAUCCGUCGCCGGUGCACAUCGAGGAUCUGGGCACGCAGUUCUUUCUGCGUGCUUCGGAUGUUGGUAAGCCGGGCGUCACGCGCGCUUCGGCGUCUGCGCCGCGGCUGGCGGAGAUCAACACGUACGUGCCGAUCCACGUGUUGGACACGCCACAGAUCACCGCCGACCUUGUCGCGCAAUUUAAGGUCGUUGUGCUCAACAAUGCGCUGCUUAGCGAGCAGCUCCAAGUCGACGCGUGGGCGCGCGAGUCUGGCACACAUUUCGUCGCCGCAUCUGUCCACGGCCUCUUUGGCAGCGUCUUUAACGACUUUGGCAAUGACUUUGUGUGCAAGGAUACGAGUGGCGAACAGCCUCUGUCUGGCAUGGCCGUGCAAGUGAGCAAGGACCAAGAAGGGCUUGUAACUACUUUGGACGAGACGCGCCAUGGACUCUCUGACGGCGACUAUGUCACGUUUGCAGAAGUGCAAGGCAUGUCGGAGCUAAACAACAUGGAGCCCCGCCGAGUCACGGUCAAAGGCCCGUACACCUUUACGAUUGGCGACACCUCCUCCUUUAGCGAGUACAAGACGGGCGGCAUCUUUAAGCAGGUCAAGCAGCCAAGUGUGCUUCACUUUUCCUCGUUGCGCGACGCUGCGACGCACCCAGCAUACACGAUUUCCGACUUUGCCAAGAUGGACCGUCCACCGUUGCUCCACGCUGGCUUUGAUGCGCUUUCGCACUUUAUCGAGCAGCAAGGACGUUUGCCCAUGCCGCGCAAUGUGCAGGAUGCCGAUCUCGUCGUCCAACUUGCGCAGCAGCUCUUGGAGCAGCGCAAUGCUGCGCCGACCGACGAAGAAGGCAAGAAACUGAUGAGUAACCUUGUGCGCCAACUUUCGUUCCAGGCUCAGGGCAAUAUUUCGCCCAUGGUGGCCUUUAUCGGUGGCUUUGUCGCCCAGGAAGUGCUUAAAUCGAUUACGGGCAAGUUUCAUCCGCUCGUGCAGUCCAUGUUUGUCGACGCGCUCGAGGCGCUCCCCGAUAACAUCGACGAGCUUCCGGAGAGCGAAUUUUCCCUGCUUGGCUCGCGUUACGAUGGCCAGAUUGCCGUGUUUGGGCGUGCGUUCCAUGAGCGUGUCACAAACGCGCGUCAGUUCCUCGUCGGUGCUGGCGCGAUCGGCUGUGAGAUGCUCAAGAAUUGGAGCAUGAUGGGUCUUGGCAGCGGUCCUCAAGGGCAGAUCUAUGUCACCGACAUGGACACGAUCGAAAAGAGCAACCUGAACCGCCAGUUCCUUUUCCGCCAGAAAGACGUGGGCCACUUCAAGUCGGACACGGCGGCGGCUGCAGUCGUGGAAAUGAACCCCGAUCUCACGGGCAAGAUUGCUAGCUUCCAGAACCGCGUGGGCGCUGAAACGGAAGAUGUGUACGGCGAUGGAUUUUUCGAAUCGAUCGACGGGGUAACCAACGCGCUCGACAAUGUCGUAGCGCGUCAGUAUAUGGACCGUCGCUGUGUAUACUACCAGAAGCCGCUUCUUGAAUCCGGCACGCUCGGCACCAAGGCGAACACACAGGUGGUGGUGCCGAACCUCACAGAGUCCUACUCCUCCUCGCAGGACCCCCCGGAGAAGAGCAUCCCUGUGUGCACCUUGAAAAACUUCCCCAACCAAAUCGAGCACACGAUCCAAUGGGCUCGCGAGCAGUUUGACGAGCUGUUCGAGAAGCCUGCGGAGAAUGUGAACCAGUACCUAGCGCAGCCUGACUAUAUCGCGUCGCUUGGUGCUUCUGGCAGCGACGCUUCGGCCAAGCAGCAGCUCGAGCAAAUCAAGGAGUAUUUGGUCGACGCCCGGCCGCAAACGUUUAACGCUUGUAUUCUCUGGGCGCGUCUCAAGUUUGAAGAGAACUAUGCCAACAUGAUCAAGCAGCUUCUCUUCAACCUCCCGGCGGAUGCAGUGACCUCAACUGGGCAGCCGUUCUGGUCGGGCCCGAAGCGUGCGCCGACGCCGCUGGUGUUUGAUCCGAAGGACCGUGUGCACAUGGAGUACAUCAUUGCUGCAUCCAACUUGCACGCCGCCAACUACGGCCUUAAAGGCACCAGCGAUCCGGCCGUGUUCGCCAAUGCGCUCGACCAAAUUCAAGUCCCGCCCUUUGCGCCGCGCUCCGCCAAGAUCCAGGUGAAUGACAGCGACCCCGCGCCGGGCGCAACCAACGACGCGGAAGAAGGUGCGAACAUCGAAGAGCUCGCCGCGAGCCUUCCGGCGCCUUCGAGCUUGCCUGGCUACCGCAUGGUCCCCAUCGAGCUCGAGAAGGACGACGAUGGAAAUUACCACAUUGACUUUAUUACUGCCGCGUCGAAUCUGCGCGCUGCCAACUAUGCCAUCAGCCCUGUGGACAGGCACACGACCAAAGGCAUUGCCGGCAAGAUCAUCCCUGCGAUUGCAACCACCACUGCGCUUGCGACGGGCCUGGUGAAUCUGGAGAUGUACAAGCUCUUGGACCAGAAGACGGACUUGGAAAAGUACUACAAUGCAUUUGUCAACCUCGCGCUGCCAUUCAUUGCCUUUAGCAACCCCAUCGCCGCGCCGCGCCACAAAUUUAACGAUACAGAGUGGACGCUCUGGUCGCGCUUCGACAUUGAUCACGACAUGAAACUCUCCGAGCUGCUCGCUUACUUUAAGGAGAAAGAGGGUUUGGAAGUCACAAUGAUCUCUGGCGGUGUCUCGAUGCUUUUUUCCGACUUUAUGCCGCCAAAGAAGAAGGAAGAGCGCUUGCAAAUGAGCAUGAGUCAGCUGCUCGAGACCGUGUCCAAGCAGCCGAUCCCGCCCUAUGCAAAGAACAUCCUCAUCGAGAUCAUGGCCGACGAUCUGAACGGGGAAGAUGUAGAAGUGCCGUUUGUCAACGUACGUAUCCGCCAGUAG